UUGAAAUGUUUGUUAUCUCUCUCAGAGCGCAUAUCUCUAAAGUGUAUAAAAUGACUUGCAUGCAGUAUAGAUCGACAGACUCAUCGAUCUUGUUCUCUCGUCAUUUUUUCAAAGCUUUCGUUAUGGAUAAUAGCAAAAUCGAAAUACAAGUACAUGAAGGAAAGUUAAUUGGUACCACAGAAAAAGGUGUUUACGGCGACUACUAUGUCGCCUUUCGAGGAAUACCAUAUGCGAAACCGCCGGUCGGAGAGCUCAGAUUCAAAGAUCCGGUACCAGCAGAACCAUGGUCUGGUAGUAGAGACGCCUCGAAAUAUGGAAACUCGGCUGUUCAAAUAAACUUUCUAACACGUCAAUUUGAGGGCGAUGAAGAUUGCCUCUAUUUAAAUGUUUUCACCCCAAAAAUCGAACCUGGGAAGAAGCGUACGGUAAUGGUAUGGAUACACGGCGGUGCUUUUUCUGUGGGUUCCGGUGAUGCACUCAUGUGCGGACCCGAUUACAUCGUGCGAAAAGAUGUAGUUUUGGUUACCUUGAAUUAUAGACUAGGUGCUUUAGGUUUUUUGAACCUCUACGAUAAAGUGGCAACGGGUAAUCAAGGUAUAAAAGAUGUAAUCUUGGCAUUAAAAUGGGUUCAGAAAAAUAUAUCACAGUUUGGUGGAGAUCCAAAAAAUGUCACUAUCUUUGGCGAAAGUGCUGGCGGAGCCAUGGUACAUUGUCUAACUCUGACUCCAUUAGCCAAAGAUUUAUUUCACAAAGCGAUAGUACAAAGCGGUGUCAUGAGAAAUCCUUGGGCCUAUACUGAACAACAAUCACAUUCGACAAAUAUAGGUUUCCGGCUUGCCGAGAAACUUGGAAAAGCAACCACAGAUCCGAAAGUCGUUUACGAAUUUCUCAAAACAAUCGAUGCGAAGAAGCUUAUAGAGACUCAAGAAAAGUAUUUUUCGACGGAAGAGGAAACUCAACAGCGAAGCUCUCUGGAGAAAAUAGGCGUGAGAUUUACACCUACUUUGGAUCACGAAUCUUCGAAUCCAGUUUUUCCGGGAGAUAUAACGAAGUUUAUGAGCCGCGGGGUUGAGGUACCAUUACUUAUAGGUUUUACCAGUUGCGAGGGAUCCUUGUUUGUAUACAAUAAUAUUAGCGGACACAUAACUAAGGAAGAAAUUCAUAAAAUCGAUUCCGAUUUCAAAAUCGCCAUACAUCCAAACAUUUUAUCUAUACUACCAAAGAUAUCAGUCACAGUCGAGGAAUUGCGAUCUUUAUAUUUUGAGGAUAAAGCAAUAUCAGAGGAAACUAUGGAAAAUUACGUUAAUUUUCUUAGUGACGAAUUCUUCUGCCGUGGUACAAUGGAAGUAGUGGAUAUUCAGACAAAGCUGAAUCAUAAUAAAGCGACGUAUUUGUAUAAGUUUUCAUACAACAAUGAAGAUAGCCCCAUGAAAAAAAUAUUUAAUGUUAAGUUCAAAGGUGCGAGUCAUGGCGAGGAUCUGACAUACUUGUUUUACUCUUCUAUGAUGAAAGAUUUAGGUGUAACCGCACCAGCAAUUGAUUCGCAAGACGGAAAGAUGAUAAACCACUUAACACAAAUGUGGACGGAUUUUGCCAAAACAGGGAAUCCAACGCCUAAUACAAACUCAUGGUUACCGGUAACCGGUUCACAGGGAAAAUACAAUUAUCUAAAUAUCGAUGAAAAUUCGCAAAUGAAUGUCUUCCAUAAAGGAGAAGAGAGUUGGAAUUGGGAAGAGAAGAAAAAUAAGUUACGGCACUAAAACUUUAUCUAUGUUAAGAUAAAAUUUUUUAAUACUUUUUCCAUUUACAAUAAAUAUUCUCUAGUUCCUUUUCAAAGAAAUUUUUUAGUUAACAAAAUGUAGGCACUAUUGUUUUGUUCUAAGUUCAGAGCCGGUUUUAGUUAAUGGAAAUAUAAAGAUUAAUCUUUUCAAACUAUGAUUUAUUAGAACAACAAAAAGUUUUUGCGAAUUAAACUUAAAGGGAUUGGAAAAUGUUACAGUACUAUUUAUGGUAACAAAUAGUAAACAAAUAGUAUAGGUCUUCAAAUAUAACUUUAAUUAAAUACCAUUAUAACUGAGGAUUCUAUGUUAAUCCUCAUGCUAUUCUUCUCCGAGAGGGGAAGGUAUCCAUGAUAGAUUUCCUCAUGUAAAACAAAAGUAGAUACCUGUUUUCACGGAGUGCAGAUUUUUCUUUUGAGGGUUUUUUUUUAGAGAAAAUUGAAUUUAAUAUGACAUAACUUUUAUAAACACUAUCUUGUAUUUAGCUUUUUUACAUUAUAAAAACAAAUCUACAUCAAACAAAAAAGUAAUUAUUAUAUUAUUCAAACAAGUAUAAUGUGCAUUCAAUGGACAUUAAAACUUGUGUUGAAAAAAUUACAUUUUUAAAGAUUAUUCUUGAACAUUCAAAAUUGGAAAAAAAUCAUAAUCGAAAAACUAAUCUUACAUAAUACAAUACAAUAAUCAUAAGGAUUUUAAUUACAUUUAAUUAAUACAAUUAUCUAAACAUAGCCGUAUUUAAUUUACAGUACAAACUUAUUUUUUCAAAAAAAAGACACCAAAUUUUCAAUAAGCAAAAACUUGGAACUAGAUUAAAAAAACAAUGAAAAGAAUUGAAAUAAGAAAGAAUGCGCACAUACAUACACUUAGCGUCUUUCCUUUGAAAAGAUCAUUUUGUACUGCUAUCACGCGUUUUGUAGUGUUAAACAUUAUGUAUAUUUUUUGAGAUAAAAUACAUAAUUUCAACUUAGCAUGAUUGUAAAGAAUUAAUGAUAAAUCAACAUGUAAAUAAAAAAAUGUA